AUGUUACGUCGAAAAGCCCUCCAGGAGGCAGGCGAGGCUUUGCGCUUUACAGAUUCUAGGGGUCGGACCCAGGGAGAAGUUGUUCCCAGACUCAUCUCUAAAGCGGGAAUAUUGACUUCGCCAUCGUUUUCCAGCUUCCCAGGACAGUGGCCGCUGCGCAAAGAGGUGUCUCCUAGCAAAACGCAGAGGCGGAUCGCUUUUUUCUCAGCCUUGGAAGGCCCUGGGCACAGCGCGCUCAGUGUCCCCAACUUUGCAGCAAGCAGAGGCCCCGAGGGAACCUUGAACUCAGAGACACCCUUGAGCCUCGCCAGUCGGAAGAGUGGGCGCAGCGGCCCAGCGGAGGCCAGACGCGCAGCCUCAGGCUCUGGGGCACAGCGAGGGUGCACCGAGGGCGCAGCUCGAGCGCCUAGCUCGGGCGCGGGAGGAAGUUCCUCUCGCGGCACGGGGAGCGUGGUGGACGCGCCCUGGGCGCACGCCCAGGCAGCCUCCUCCCCAGCCCUCGGGACUGUCCUCAGGCCGCGAGGAGGAGCUUGCCGGAGACUUCGAGGCUAUCCAGAGCCAGCAAGCGCGAGCGCGGCGUCUCCCGCCUCAGCUGGGAAGGGGGAGUGGCGCUGGCGGGCUGGAGCUGGGAACCAAAAGGCUGGUGAUGGAUCUCCUGCUUCUGCGUCCGCCGGGGCACUUGGAGCGCACUGGCGGUGCGUGAGCUGGGCAUUGCCCUCAACCUCCCUCAGCGAACACCGGGCCGGCCCCGCCCGGCAGCUUUGCCCGAGCCCCUUUCCUUUUCCGACCCAAAGCCGCCAGCGUUCCGGAAGGGAGAAGAAGGUGGUCCUCGGGCACAGCCCCUCCGAGAUGUCGGCGCAGAGCCUUCUCCACAGCGUCUUCUCCUGCUCCUCGCCCGCCUCGGGCGGCCCGGCCUCGGCCAAGGGCUUCUCCAAGAGGAAACUGCGCCAGACCCGCAGCCUGGACCCGGCCCUCAUCGGCGGCUGCGGGGGCGAGGCGGGCGCAGAAGGCGGCGCUCGAGGGGCCACUUCGGGCCGCCUCUACUCCCCACCACCCCCAGCCCAAGGUCUUGGCCCACGCUCAGCGUCUUCUCCCCGGGGCCCGCCCCCCCGGGCCACCCGGCCCCCGCCGCCCAGACCCCUUUGCUCGUCCUUCUCUACACCCAGCACCCCGCAGGAGAAGUCACCAUCUGGCAGCUUCCACUUUGACUAUGAGGUUCCCUUGGGUCGCAGCGGCCUCAAGAAGAGCAUGGCCUGGGACCUGCCAUCUGUCCUGGCUGGGCCGGGCAGUGGCCGCAGCGCUGCAAGCAUCCUCUGCUCCUCCGGGGGAGGUCCCAAUGGCAUCUUCGCUUCUCCCAGGAGGUGGCUCCAGCAGAGGAAGUUCCAGCCCUCGCCCAACAGCCGUGGCCAACCCUACGUCGUGUGGAAGUUGGAGGUAGGGACCAGUGCGCAUACUCUCAGCCCAAGGCUGGGCGCCCCGGGCACUUCCAGGGGGACGUCUUUAAUUCCAUGA